UGACCCGGGAGGGCGGCUCCCAGCGCACGCUGGCUGUCGUCAUCCGCUCCCAAGGUCUCCGGCUCUUGGCGGUGAAGGUCAGAGUGCAUAACUGAGACCACUGCUCGCCACCUUCAGACGCCAGCGUCUCUGCCCCCUGCUUGGUCACUUAGGCUGAGGAGACCCAGGCUGAGGCCUCAGGAGGAGAUCGCCAUCCUUUGUCUGGAGCAGAACAGGAUGACCAUGUCCCAGAGGAAUGUGCUGCUGCAGGAAUCAUUGACCUUCAAGGAUGUGUUUGUGGACUUCAGCCGGGAAGAGUGGCAGCAGUUGGAUUCUGCUCAGAAGACCCUCUACAGAGAUGUCAUGCUUGAAAACUACAGCCACCUGGUGUCCGUGGGGUAUCUACUUGCCAAACCAGAUGUGAUCUUCAGGUUGGGACCAAGAGAAGAGUCCUGGAUGGCAGAUGGAGGAACUCGGAUAAGAACCUGUCCAGGUGAGCACACGCCAGGCGAGUCAGGCCAGGGAAAGGGGAAGUGUUUGGUUGGUGAGAGCUUGGCUUCUGGGAUAUGCUCAGGAGCUUUCCUCAGAGCCCCCAGACUUGUGGACAUGCCCCAGAUCUGAGGACACGAGCUGGUUUCAUAUGCAGAUGA